CUAAAGAACUCAGCAGUAAAAUACAAAACCUUUUGGGAUUUACAUUUUUUCUUAGGGGCUCUACAUGAUGUAAAACUUGGCUUCUUCCCAGCACGUGCUGCCUGGAGCGGGAGGGGCGCCAGGAGAGGUUUUGGGUGUGUCCAGGGGUAGCCGAUGCACUUUUGGGUGUGUGGCUGCACGAAUUUGGCUUCUGUGCUGGAAGGAGGAGCAGCUCCAGAAGGUGAUGCGCUGGCAGAGUGGGCUGCAGGUCCUGGCAGGUCCUGGCGGGUCCUGGCAGUGCCAUGGGCUCUUUGUGUCCCACUGGCAAUCAGCUGUCCCCUUCCUGUGGGGUGCUGGCUCCGGGACACCCAGUGGGAUCAGCCCAUCCUUGCGUCUGUCAGCGAGUGGUUUGCAAAUGCCAAACCCUGCAGGGGACUCAGUGACACAAGGACAGUAACAGCAGGUAACUGCCCAGGAAAGGCAGAACCUGAAAUCACUUGCUGCUGAUCUGCCCUGGCUCUUCCCACACACUCUGGGUGUGCAUUCGGUGUUUGUCAUCUGCUCUAAUAGCCUGCUCUGAAGGACCCGGGUGUGUGCUCUCAGCAGUGAGAGCGAGGAGCAGCUCUGCAGGUGCUGCUGUUCAGAGGGUGAGCAGGGUUAUGGGCUGAGCUCCUGCGGAAUUUUCAGUGCUGGCAUGGGCACAUGCUCAUGCACCUGAGAGUGUGUCCUGAAUUGGGGCUGGUGGGAUUCCCAGGUGUCCCCGGCCACGCCCAGGGACACAGUGGUGGCAGGUAUCCCUGCCCAUGUCCUUUUUCUCCUUUCAGAUGUGCUGAUGUCUGCUCCUUGCAAAGCCCUGACUCGCCUGAGGCUGGCAGAUGCACAGAUGUGAGCGUGAAUCCCCAGUGAAAGGGCCGUGUCCCCCAGCCAGGACACCCCAGUGCUCGCAGCGUUCAGGAGUCAUUCCACUGCGUGCAGCAGCAUUGGUGAGUGGAUCUGCACCUCCCAGCCCUCUUCAGUCCCUCUUCCUCCACAUAUCUCUUCUUCUUUUUGGUAGAAUGAGUGAGAGAGACACACAGAGCCUGAGCAGACGGGUUUUGGUGCUCAGUCUCUGCCUUACCACGCUGUGGGGACGACUGACGCUGGCCUCCACGCAGCAGCACAGGAGCCACCCAGCUCAGGUGGAGCCCGGCAGGUGUGAAGUCAUCGCCGCUCACCGCUGCUGCAACAGGCAGAGGGUGGAGGAGCGCUCGCAGACGGUGCAGUGCUCCUGCCUGCCGGGACAGGUGGCCGGGACGACACGGGCAGCUCCCUCCUGCGUGGACGCCUCCAUCGUGCUGCACAAGUGGUGGUGCCAGAUGCAGCCGUGUCUCCGAGGGGAGGAAUGCAAAGUGCUGCCCGACCUCUCGGGCUGGAGCUGCAGCAGCGGCAACAAGGUCAAGACAACCAAGGUCACUCGAUAGCCUGUGUGAGCAGCCCUGGCUGGUGCUGGGGCUCCCCUGAGCACAGGACAUGGCCCAGUGCCUGCAGAGCUGGGGCUCCAGGGCUGCAGGACUGACACAGCUGCUGCACCCGAGCAUCUGCUGAGCCCUUCCCUGGGGGCUGCAGGCAGGACCCCAGUGCAGCUGCCAGAACUCCCUCCACAGUUCCCUCCUCUGUGACACCUUCACCAACCAAGGAAUGGGCUUGUUCUCCAAUCCUCCCACAUAAAAUACUCCCACUGUGAGCUGCUGGCAGUAGAGACAGACAGGCAGCAGCCCCCAAAAGGGGAUUGUCUGAAUGGCUGAAAUCUUUGCCGUGAGUCGCCUUCCCUGUCUCCCGAGACGCUGAAUCCAAGCUGCAGUCAGGAAUCAGGAGGUCAGUGUUCUGUGAAAUCCUUCCCCAUGUGGCUGCUGGCCCUGGGGUUCCCCAGAGCAGCUGCUGAGCUCCAGCCUGCCCCUGAGUCCCUGGGGCUGCUCUGGGAGCCUGCAGGGAUGUGCUGCUGCAGGAGGGGCUGCAGAUGAUGGGGGGCCGUGGCACCGGGGGGUCACUGGUGUUUGCUGCCUACUGCCCUGGCUCCCACCACAGGACUCAUUAUUGAGAUGAUUUUGUAAUGGGGUAUGGAAUACUCUCUCCAGAUGUGAUGUAAA